AUGUCCGCGUUGAAAGAAUCGUCCGACGUUCGCAGCAUCGCGGAGGAAGAUGUCGAACGUCUCACGACAGAACUCGCUUCAAAGACGGAUGCCCUGAAGGAAAGGGAUCUAGACGUGGUUCGCUUGGAAUCGGAUCUGAAAGCCGCGAGGAGAAAGUCGAAGCAGCCGCCACAGGAAGAGAGCGGCGGCGAGCUGCAGCAAAAGCUGCAUGAAGCCGUCCGCAAAUUGAAAGACCGAGAGAGAUCGCACGCCGACUUGGAAGAGGAGUUGGAAGAGAAAGAGGACAAAUUCAGCACGCUGAAGAAAGAGUCGACGCUCGCCAAGACCGCGAUGUCCAUGUAUGAAAAGCGGGUGGACGUCUUGGAAGAAAACCUGAAAACUGCUUGCAAGCGAUACGACGAGGAAGUGAAAAGCAGACGGAUUGUGGAGGCGGCCGCGAAAAAGGCUGACGAGCACGCGCAAUCCAUGGCCGACAAGAACGUCGAAUUGCAGCGAGAACUGUUAAGACGGCAACCCGAAGAGUCGUUGUACGAAAUGGAAGUGAACCUCGGAGAGAAAGAGGAGUUGCGGCGAGCGCAAUCCGAUCUGGAGGAGGAACGGAAGACGGUGAUGCGAUUGAAGAGUGCGAUCGAGGACCUGAAAAAGGACCAAACGCGUCAUUCGGAGGUUCUUCGAGAGAACAGGAACCUGAAGGAGGAGGUAGAAGCGAACGCCAGGAGGAUCGAAAAUAUCGACGACGAACUUCGCGCUUCAAAACGGACGCUCGGCGACAGAGACAGACUGAUUUCGGACAAAGAUCGAGCGACGUCCAACCCGAAGAAGGAAAUUGCCGAUCUCAGAGACGAACUUCGUGCCGAAAAGGACAAGGUGGCAACAGCCGUGAAGGAACGCAGCGACGACGACGCUCGAAGUUCGGUGACGCUCGAGAAGAUAAAAGACGAAUUGCGACUGGCGAACCGGGAAACGGCGGCUGCAAAGGACCUCCAACGACGGUCGGCGACGAAGCUGGAAGAGACUGAGAAGCAGGUGGAGAGUCUGAAGGAACGGUUGGAUGAAAAGGUCGCUCGACGGCCAACGCGAACAAGGAGAUCGCCUCUCUCAGAGACGAACUUCGUGCCGAAAGGGAAAAGGUGGCAACGGCUUCCAAGGAACGCAGCGACGGCGACGCCCGACGUUCGGCGAUUCUCGAAAAGAUAA